AUGAAGAUGCUAAUGCUGACUGUGGGGCUGGCCUUGAUCUGUGGCCUCCAAUCCCUGAAUAACAAUUUGGGAGAUCUAUCAAAAGUUACUGGAGAGUGGUUCACUGUUGCUUUGGCCUCCAAUGUGACAUCUAAGAUUGAAAAAGGAGGGAGUUUGGAGAUUUUUAUCAAAAAUGUCAGUGAAAACAAUGGCGAUCUUACUGGAGUCUUCUUCAGAAGGAAAAAUGCCAAAUGCAUUCAAUUUUCACGGACUUCUUUCAGAGGAGAUGAUGGUCAAUUGUAUGUACAAUAUGAUGGACUUAAUGAAUUCUCACUCCAAAGUGUGGACACUAAACAUUCCAUGUAUAUCUUUCAUAAUUUCAACAAUGAGAAGGUGAUCACAUGGGCACAACUCUUUGGCCGGACUCCAGACCUGUCAGAUGAAAUAAAGAAGAAAUUUGAGGAAAUGUGUAAAAGAUUUGGAAUUAGGAAGGAUCAAAUUAGAUAUUUGUCUAAUGAUGUGGGCUCCCCACUCACCUCAGACAAUAUUACUGAAUCUCCCGAGGGCUAUGCUUCCCUGGCUACCUUCUCAUGGGUCAAAAUUACCUCUGGAUGUGAAUUUUUCACUUUUGUUCCAAGUUCUAUUCUUCACUCCCGGUUCCUCAGACCUGCUAAUAUGGAUGAUGAAAUUUUCUACUGGCUUUCUGUUCUCUCCAAACUCCUGGAGGAUUUUAUCUCCUUCCCUGCCCUGCAUCCUCACAUGCAGAACUAUUGCUUGUAA